GGAAAGUAGGUCAUAGAGAAUGUAUACUGAUACUGCCUAGCGCCGUCCAUAUUCGCCUGGUUAUACAUGUGCUUUUCUGCCUUCUUUAUGUUCAGUGCCUGUUUUGUGUAUUUCCGCAGAAGCCAGAGCUGUGGAGAAGAGACAGCUGUUUUCUGAGAGGAGGAUCGUGUCAGACAGCCUAAGGAAAUGGUGAAGGAAGAACUGCCCUUGUCUGUCUCUAUUAUGGUCUAAUGGCAGACCAAAGAAUGGACAUCUCCUCCACGAUGAAUGAGUUCAUGUCUCCCAGUUCCACUGAUCUGAUCAGCAGCUCCAUGGGAACGCCGGGCAUGGACUACACCCGCAAAAGGAAGGGCAGCAUCACCGACUAUCAAAUUGAUGGAUUUUCUUUCGAAUCUGAGUCUUCAUGGAUGAGAUUCCUCAUCCCAAGCUCACAGCUCACACAGUCCUCUGAGAGUGAACGGGACAGUAUGGACAUAGACAAGGACAAACAACUUGUAAGGGUCGAUCAGCAGAUUAAGAAUGCAAGGGAGGCUCACAGUCAGAUAGAGAAGAGACGCAGAGACAAGAUGAACAGCUUUAUUGAUGAGCUGGCUUCAUUAGUGCCUACCUGCAAUGCCAUGUCCCGCAAGCUGGACAAACUCACGGUGCUGCGCAUGGCGGUCCAGCAUAUGAAAACACUUCGAGGUGCUGCAAACCCUUAUACUGAAGCUAACUACAAGCCAGCCUUUUUAUCAGACGACGAGCUGAAGCACUUAAUAUUAAGGGCUGCUGACGGUUUUCUGUUCGUUGUGGGCUGUGAUCGGGGAAAGAUCCUUUUUGUGUCAGAGUCUGUCUACAAAAUUUUAAAUUACAGCCAGAAUGACCUGAUUGGCCAAAGUUUGUUUGAUUAUUUGCAUCCUAAAGACAUUGCAAAAGUCAAAGAGCAGCUCUCGUCAUCUGACACAGCCCCACGCGAAAGACUCAUCGAUGCUAAAACUGGGCUGCCGGUCAGGACAGACAUCACUCCUAGUCCCUCCAGACUGUGCUCGGGGGCCCGACGCUCGUUCUUCUGCAGAAUGAAGUGCAACAGGCCCCUUGUCAAAAUGGAAGACAAAGAUUUUCCCUCAACUUGCUCUAAAAAGAAAGCUGAUCGCAAGAGCUUCUGCACCAUCCACAGCACUGGCUAUCUGAAGAGCUGGCCUCCCACAAAGAUGGGCUUAGAUGAAGACAAUGAGCCUGAUAAUGAAGGCUGUAACCUCAGCUGCUUAGUGGCCAUUGGCCGAUUACAUCCUCAUAUUGUCCCUCAACCCAUGAACGGGGACAUCCGGGUGAAGCCGACAGAGUAUGUCUCGCGCCAUGCCAUUGAUGGGAAGUUUGUCUUUGUGGACCAAAGGGCCACAGCCAUUCUUGCUUAUCUACCUCAAGAGCUGCUGGGCACGUCGUUCUAUGAGUAUUUCCAUCAGGAUGACAUCGGACAUCUUGCUGAAUGCCAUAGACAGGUACUGCAGAUGAGAGAGAAGAUCAACACUAACUGUUACAAGUUCAAGAUUAAAGAUGGUUCUUUUAUAACGUUAAGAAGUCGCUGGUUCAGUUUCAUGAACCCUUGGACCAAAGAAGUAGAAUACAUCGUCUCGACUAAUACCGUCGUCUCAGGCAGUUCUCUUGAUGGAGCAGAACCUGGUUAUCCUCAGCUCACCGCCUCCCCCCAGAGUAUGGAUAGCGUCCUUACAGCUGGUGACAGCACAGGGAAGACUGUCCCUGGAAUCCCUGGAGGCACAAGACCCGGAGCAGGAAAGAUCGGCCGCAUGAUUGCUGAGGAAGUGAUGGAGAUACAGAGGAUAAGAGGCUCAUCCCCAUCUAGUUGUGGUUCAAGCCCCCUUAACAUCACCAACAGCACCCCUCCUCCUGACACAUCCUCACCGGGGGGAAGAAAGAUUUCAAACGGUGGAACUCCUUCAGACAUUCCUUCAGCAGGGAUGGUGUCAGGCCAGGACAGCAUAGGAUAUCCUUACUCUAACAGCUCGAUUUUAAGUGAUAAUUCACACAUCGGUAUCGGUGACAUCAUGGACGAGCCGGGCUCCAGCAGCCCCAGCAGUGAUGAGGCUGCCAUGGCCAUCAUCAUGAGCCUGCUGGAGGCGGACGCAGGUCUGGGAGGUCCCGUGGACUUUAGUGACCUGCCCUGGCCGCUUUGAGAUCCCCGAAGGAGACAUUUACCCAUCAUGUGUACAAUCCAUCUCAACGGCGUUCGAACCAGCUAUGACCCUGACAAUCAACACGUUUUUUUUUUUUCUUUUUUUGGUGACGUUGCAUUUGUUUGUGUCACGGUGCCUCAGGUAGCUCCACCCACAGCAAGUUCUCAUUGGUCCACCACCUCAUUCCACAGCUGUAUGUUCAAAUGUGUCAAACAUAGACUGUUAAAAAAUGGAUGACGUGUGUCCACUUUUUUCUGCUACAGGAAAGUGAAGCCAAAACAUCUUAAUUUGGAGCCCAAGCGUAGUACUGGAGCUGUGGUAUCAAAGUCCACCCAAAAUCAGGCAGACCCAAUCACAAGCUCAUAAUCAUGACACCAUACCCCUUUUUUAUAAAAUCAAAUAAUGAACUGAAAGCAAACUUUCAAAAGCAAAUGAACAUACGGCAGCAUGAUAGAAAGUACCUAAAAGUAUACCAAAAAGUGAUGGAAAGCACCUAAAAUAAUGGACACCAUCUUUGGGAAAAAUAUAUCUUUAGUGUAGUUUGAUUUUUUUACAUCAGCUUAUGACCCAUUUGUUUACAUGGUGAGGGUGUGAAUUAUGACCUAUACUGCAACCAACCACCAGGGGGCGAUUGAAAUGUUUUGGCUUCACUUUUCAGGACGUGUGCAGCACACUUGGUGUCAAAUAAAUGAUACUGUCACUCUUUCACUUUUUCAAAAAUUGGUUUAUAGCACCUGGUUUGGACACAAUGUUAGAUCGCUCAACAUUAUCAUUGCUGGUAUGGUCUAAAGAUAUUGUUUCAGUUCACAGAAUGGAGCACUUAAUGUCAAACAACUAAAAACCACAAAACCUUGAGCUUACAGAUUUUUUUUUUUUUAUAUCCACCUCAGCAUUUCUGAUCUUUUCUGAUAUUUCCUUAUUAAAGAAAUCAAAUGUGUACCAUAGAUAUGUGUAAUCUAAAAUGUAUGAGUUAUUUUAUCUGAAUGUAUAUGAUUUAACUGAACCGAAAGGGCAACAACAUAUUUUUUAAAAUAAAAGUAUUUCGUUCUCUUUA